GCUUCCUGGUCGCAGCCGCGGCACAUCAAGGUUUACUGCUUUCCAUGAUGUUUGGUGGUUAUGAGACCAUAGAAGCAUAUGAAGAUGAGCUUUAUCGUGAAGAGUCAUCUAGUGAACUGAGUGUUGACAGUGAGGUGGAAUUUCAGCUCUACAGCCAAGUUCAUUAUGCCCAAGACCUUGAUAAUGUCAUGAGGGAGGAAGAACAUGAAGAGAGGAACUCUGGGAAUUCUGAAUCAUUCAGUAGUAAACCAAAUCAAAAGAAUUUAAUUGUCCUUUCAGAUAGUGAGGUCAUCCAACUGUCAGAUGGGUCAGAGGUCAUCACACUGUCUGAUGAAGAUAGUAUUUAUAGAUGUGAAAGAAAGAAUUUUAGAGUCCAUGCAAAAGACAAGACCCAAGGUUCUCCUGCUUCUCUUCAUUCUAAUGAUUUAGCAGAUAAGAAGUGCAAGAGGGAUAUUGAGAAGUCUAACCCUGGAGAGAGAUCGGGUACAAUCCAGGAGGUCAUGAUUAUAGAAGUCAGUUCAAGUGAAGAGGAAGAGAGCACCAUUUCAGAAAGUGAUAAUGUGGAAAGCUGGAUGCUGCUGGGAUGUGAAGUUGAUGAUAAAGAUGACGAUAUCCUUCUCAAUCUUGUGGGAUGUGAAAAGUCUGUUAAUGAAGGAGAAAAUGAUGUGAACUGGUUCAUCAGUGACAAAGACAUUGAGGCACAGAUAGGUAAUAAAAGAUCAUCUGGAAAAUGGACCCAUCGAUACUAUACAGCCAACAAAAAUGUUACCUGUAGAAAUUGUGACAAAUGUGGCCAUUUGUCAAAAAACUGCCCCUUCCCACAAAAAGUCCGCCCCUGCUGCCUCUGUUCCGAGAGAGGACACCUCCAGUAUGCCUGUCCGGCCCGCUUUUGCUUAGGCUGUUCUUUGCCUAUGUCUUCUACUCACAGAUGUCUUGAAAGAGCUUCCUGGAGAAAACGCUGUGAUCGAUGUGAUAUGAUAGGCCACUAUGCUGAUGCUUGCCCAGAAAUCUGGAGGCAGUAUCACCUAACGACCAAACCUGGACCACCCAAAAAGCCAAAGACGCCUUCUGGACAAUCAACCUUGGUGUAUUGCUACAACUGUGGGCAAGAAGGCCAUUAUGGACAUGAAUGCUCAGAAAGACGAAUGUUUAACCAGACCUUUCCAACAUCUCCAUUCAUCUAUUACUAUGAUGACAAAUAUGAAAUCCGGGAGAGAGAUCAGAGAAUAAAACGAAAAGUGAAAGAACUCCAGAAAAAUGGGGAUUUGCCAAGAAAGUUCAAGAGGCCUCAUAUGGAAGCAGCAGAUAAGAGGCCCCGUGAUAUAAGAACAAGCCAUGCCUCAUGGAAAAACAACAGGUGGCCUCAAGAAAAGAAAGAAACCCAAAAAGAAACCAUGAGCAGGAACAUGAGAGAACGUGAGAAGCACAGAAAGGCUGCCAGGUGUCAUGAAGACGAUGAGGACUUCCCCAGGGGCCCCAAAGUCCACUCUACUCCUGGCACUUCCAAAACCCAGAAGCCUCACAAGCCCUUUCACCACUCGUCACAUUACCUCAAGCCGAGAGAAGACAGGCUAUCCAAAGAGGGCAAGCGGGGCAAGCAUAAGAAAAAGGAGAGCUGCUUGGAGGAGGAUAGCAAUGAUAAUUUGUUUCUCAUUAAGCAGAGGAAAAAAAAGUCUAAGCUGUGAGUCAGCUUCUGAUUGGGCUUCCCAGUGUUUGUCUGUUCUUCAUGUCUACAAC